AUGGCUCGCAACUCUACCAUCGAUGAGGUCACAUUUGUGACCAUUCUCUGGGUCUGUCUGACCAUCAGCUUCUUCUUCGUCAUCGUCCGGCUUGCCCUCCAAUACCGCAUUGACCGCAAGUGGCACACAAGUGACUUUAUGAUCCUGGUGGCAUGGCUGUUAUCGCUGGGCAAUGCAAUCGCUUGGUCCUCCAUGUACAAGCAGAUGUACCAAGUGAUUUCUCUCUCCAAAAGCUCGACUACUAUUGAUUUCUCGAAAGUGCCACCUAAUAUCGCGUGGAUGCAAAAGCGGUACCUCAACGGACAGCUCUCUGCCUACCUGCUUUCCUUCACCGGUUUAUGGCUGAUCAAGCUAUCGUUCGUGUUUUUCUUCCGGCAACUGGGAAAUCGAUAUCGUACACAGAAGAUCCUCUGGUGGGUAGUGUUGGUACUCGUCAUUGCCUGCUAUGGGGGAACACUGGGCUGCCUGGACUAUAAGUGUGAGAUGAGUUCCCUAGAGUAUAGUAUCGAGGUUUGUGCAAGUGCGAGCGCCAUGCACUCCCAAAAGGUGAGGCUGAGUGUGGCUACGACUUUGGACAUUGUAUCGGACGCAGCCAUCAUUGUUCUGUCCGGUAACGUGAUGUGGAGGGCUCGAGUGAACCUGACCAGAAAGCUUGCCUUGAUCGGAGUUAGCUUCUUGACAGCCUUUAUCAUCAUUAUCGCGUUAUUACGGCUAUUCCUCAGCGAGUCAGAUAUGAGCAUCAUAGACCCGAUCUGGCUAGGCUUCUGGAAUGCGCUUGAAAUCUGUGUCGCCAUUCUGGUUGCCUGUCUGGCCUCUUUCUGGACCUUUUAUACCAAGUCAAAGAGAUCGCCAUCACCAAGCGAUAUCUAUAGACGUGAUUCCCCUCCGGCCAGAAAUUACGCCUCCUUCGAAGCACCAAUCUUACUGGGUAGUGAUAUGAGUGAAAGAGACAAAAAUCCGCAAUCUGCGGUAUCCAUCCAAAGUCUGAAUUCGAGACAGGCCCCGGAUACAUGCCAUGCGAUUCAGGUCUGA